AUGGCGUCCGUGCCGUAGAAUGUGAGCCCUCCGUUGUAAACCACUUAUUGCACUUUGACAACGGCACUUAUUGCACUUUCCGCUCUUCACUCAACUCUUAAAAGACAUAUAAUCGCACUCUACCGCUGUGCGGAAAUCGCGUAGUCUAGCCAUAAGAAGCUAAUGCUUUGCGUCUAGCGGAAAUCUUGCAACUGGUGUGUUGCGCGCCUACAGUACUGCAGCUGCGAUGAGCCGGAGUUCAAACGAUUCGGAGGAAGACGGCGAAAUCGAUCGUGAAGAAACGCGCUACAACAUGGUUUCGAGCAGCGUCACGUCGCCUGCGAAGGAAUUCGCCGAACAAGCGGAUGACAGUGACAGUUAUGACACCGAAGAUGGAGGCGAGGACAUGCUGCACAUACAGCCUCCCCAGGCAACCAUUGUUAUUCCGAAGCGCGAUCGUCGAGACCGCAAGCGGGACAGGCACUCGAGAAAGCACGAAUCGUCGCACAGCCGUAGCAAAGACCGCCGGCCGAGCAGCCGAGAUCGGAGCGGUGGACACCGGGACAGCCGGCGUGCGGCUGCUGACAGCAGCAGCAGUCACAGGAGCAGCAGCACCCGUAACCGCGACACACGCGAGCACGACAACCGGCACCGGCAAGCCCACCGAACAGAGGAAAAGGUGGCUCGGCCUGCGGAAGUGCCAUCACGAACUGGGCGGAACGAGGCCAGCAGCAGCAGUGGCAGUGGCAGCAGCAGCAGCAAAGAGCAGGUGAGGGCUCCCCCACGAGACGUUGGCCGAAAUGUGCAGAGAGAAGUGAAGGAGGUGAGCCGCAGUGACUUGCGGGAUGCACGGGAGAAGAUCAGGGAAGCCAAGGAGGCACGGGAGCAGAGGGAAAGAGAGCAAAGGGAGAAAGAAGAGAGGGAACAAGAGCGACUUCAACGAGAGUGGCGCAAAGAGCGGCUUCUUAUAGUGUCACAAGCGUCAGCCCAGCGGGAGAGGGAUCGGGAACAACGAAAAAUGGAGGCAGCCCGCUUUGUCAUUAUCACGUCACUUCCACCAAGCAAGCAAGACUUUGUUGGGCGAUCGAGCCACAUUCUCUUUCUGGGUUGGCUUGCUUCUGCCAGUGUUAAGUCGAGCUCCUACACAUGCAAGCGGACUGAAAUCGCCAAGCUGACCAACAGAGAGCGCAGUCGAAGUCCUGUCGCACGGAGCGUGGAUGACCGGUCCGACCUGCCAGAAAUCUCUCUCACAGUCGAAGACGAGCGCCUCACCGACAUCGAGGACGAAGAACCAAGUCCACCGAAAGCCAUCUCUCACAUUGGACAGGGAGAGUUGAAAAUAGCUUUAAUGGACACACACGUUAACAAGGAACAGCCACCACAAGUGCCACCUCAACCACGCGCUGUCAUGAAGAGUUCGGAUGACGACGACGACGAUGAUGAUGAUGACGAUGAAGACGACGACGACGGGUCCGACGGUUCCUCAGACUCUAGCAGCGAUGACAGCAGCGACUCUGAUGGUUUGGGCUUGUUUUUCAGGGCAGGAAAGACACCAGACUCCAAUGCGAGAAAACCGUCAUGUGAUAAAAAUCACCACUCUCGCUUGAGGGCCAUACUGAAAGAGCUUGUUAAAAGGGAGUCAAAGAACCAGCAUUCACGGCUUCGAGAUAGCAGCAGUAGCGACGAUGACUCUGAGGACGAUGAAAAAUAUUCUGAGGACGAAAAAGUUGAUGGUACUGAUGUGGAAAUGAAGGAAGUUGUACAGAAAGCAGAAACAGUAGAAGCCAACACAGCCAAUGAAGCUUCCCCACUGAGUGAAGACGGUGAUGCCACCCAACUGCCUCCAUACUUGCCUGCCAUUCAGGGCUGUCGUAGCGUUGAGGAAUUUCAUUGCCUAAACCGCAUUGAGGAAGGCACAUACGGUGUUGUAUACCGUGCAAGGGACAAAAAGACAGAUGAGAUUGUGGCUCUGAAACGAUUGAAGAUGGAAAAAGAAAAAGAGGGCUUUCCAAUUACGUCUCUCAGAGAGAUCAACACCCUUCUCAAGGCACAGCACCCAAAUAUCGUCACUGUUCGGGAGAUAGUGGUGGGAAGCAACAUGGACAAAAUCUACAUCGUGAUGGACUAUGUUGAGCACGACCUCAAGAGCCUGAUGGAGGUGAUGAAGCAGCCCUUCCUAGUGGGUGAGGUGAAGACGCUGAUGCUGCAGCUGCUCAAAGCAGUGGCCCACCUUCAUGACAACUGGAUCCUCCAUCGGGAUCUCAAGACGUCCAACCUGCUGCUCAGCCACAAGGGCAUUCUAAAGGUCGGUGACUUUGGUCUUGCUCGAGAAUACGGCUCACCCCUCAAGCAUUACACUCCUAUUGUGGUCACCAUGUGGUACCGUGCACCAGAGCUGCUUCUUGGAGUCAAGGAAUAUUCUACGCCCAUCGACAUGUGGUCCGUGGGUUGCAUAUUUGGAGAGCUGCUCACAAUGAAGCCUCUCUUUCCUGGAAAGUCGGACAUUGACCAGUUGAAUAGAAUCUUCAAGGAUCUUGGCACACCUAGUGAAAAAAUUUGGCCGGGCUACACUGAGCUUCCGCUAGUGAAGAAGGUGACUUUCACGGAGCACCCGUAUAACAACUUGAGGAGUCGGUUCGGCCACACGCUCUCGAACCUGGGCUUUGAUCUGAUUAACAAGUUUUUAACAUAUUACCCACAGCGUCGCAUCACUGCCGAAGAUGCAUUGAAACACGAAUUUUUCAACGAAACGCCUGUUCCCGUGGACCCCUCCAUGUUUCCCACGUGGCCAGCUAAGAGUGAAUUGGGUCACCGAAAAGCACAGAGUCCCAAGCCUCCAUCUGGUGGAAAACAGUUUGCCAAACAACUGGGCGAAGGAGAUGAUGAAGGACUCCUGGCAGCCGCAGGCUUCCACAUGAACAUUCCCAGCAAAGGAAGCUCAGCCAAGGGAACUGGCUUCAGCCUCAAGUUUUAGCAUUGCCACAAAGCACCACUGUUCAAACUCUUGUCAAAGAAACACUAUUAUGUAUAUAGUACACCAUCAGGAAAAAUGAAAUGCCUCAUUGUUACCAAACGCUUUCUCUAUAUAAAAGUAUGAUCCAUAAUA